CUCCCAGCUCUAGUUGCGAAGCAACACAACCUAAAAAAAAAACAAUAUGGCUGCAGAAACUGAGGAACUCUCCCACCUCUCUAAACGCGUUUUUAUCAAUAAUGUGGACAAAUAUACCUCAAAAUAUAUCGCAGAGUUUUUGUCCUCGUGUGCUGCUGGAGCGUCCCGUGUUGCUGAACAAGUCGAGGAUGAAGAGGAAAACGAAUCAUCCCAGAAAGGCACUUUCCGGAUUGUUGGAACCGUUUCUGGGAAAACCGAGGAAAAGUCCAGUUUUGCAGUCGAAGAAUAUACUAACUUAACACGUGAAGAGCUUUUCCAUCACCUGAUGGAGUCGGAUGUCGUCGUUUAUAACAUUAACAGCGAGCAUGCUGAUCAGAUAGACGAAGCCUCUUGGGCGGUCUCAGCUCUUCACAAAGAAAUCGAUGCAUUUCCUGGACCCAAGAUGUUCAUCUUAAUCUCCUCGGUCAUGACGUGGGCUCUGACUAAGACCCUUGAUCCAAACGAUCCAGAGAUUUCUUUUACGGAAGAGGACUACAGGAGACGGAAACCGCAUCCCAACUUUAAGGAUCAUAUCUCUGUGGAGAAGCUUGUGGUUAAACUGGGAAAAUCUAAUCCGUCACAGUUCUCUACUUAUGUGGUUGCAUCUGGACUGCAAUAUGGAAAGGGAGAGCAAGCGUUUCAUUUCUUUUUCAAGACAUCGUGGCUGGGAGAGGAACGCGAAGUGCCGAUCUUCGGAGACGGCUCCAAUAUCAUUCCUGCUAUUCACAUCAGUGAUCUGGCAGGGAUUGUACAGAAUGUAAUCGACCGUAAGCCGAAGCCGCAGUACUUUCUUGCAGUGGAUGAAUCACAGAAUACCAUUGCUGACAUUAUCAGCGCGAUAGCGUUGGUGCUCGGGUCAGGAAAAACCCAAAACAUUCCAGAAGAGGACGCAUUUUUCAUAGAAGAAUUGACACAAGCAGAAAUUGAUCGUUUGUUCAUCAACCUUCGAAUGGAAGCCAUUUUUUUCACAGACAAUUUCAGUAUCAACUGGGUUUCAAAGAGAGGCAUUGUUGAUAACAUCGACCAAGUCGUGGAGGAGUACAAGCUCACCCGAGGCCUGCUGCCUGUUCGCAUCUGUGUCUUGGGACCUCCUGCUGUCGGGAAAAGCACCAUAGCUGAAAAGAUCUGCAAGCACUACAAACUGCACCAUGUAAAACUCAAAGAGACCAUCACUGAGACUCUCGCGAACCUGGAGUCGCGUGUCCGCAUAGAAGAAAGCAACGAGGACGAUGAAUCACAUGAAGCACAGGAGCUUUUGGAGACACUGAAGAAGAACAUCGAAGAAAACGGAGGCCGGUUGGAUGGGCAGUAUGUUAUCCAAAUCAUGAAGGACAAGCUGAAGACUAAACCAUGUAGAAAUCAAGGAUUCGUCCUGGACGGCUUUCCGAAGACAUACGAGCAAGCUAAAGAGCUAUUUUAUGCCGAGGAUGACAAAGCUACAGACGCGAGGUCCAAUGUCAAAAUCAUCCCAGAGUUUGUGUUCUCUCUGGAUGCCACUGACGAGUUCCUGAAGGAACGUGUGCUGAACCUGCCUGAGAGCGUGGUGCAGGGAACGUCACACUCCUUCGAUAACUUUCUCCCACGUCUGGCCACGUUCAGAAAAAACAAUUCAGAGGACGAAAUUGUGCUAAACUACUUUGAAGAGCUGCUGAUUCACCCUGAGCAUAUAGAGAUCAACACUGAUGACCCAGAGAAUGUUCUGGUGAUGGAGAAGGUCAGUGAGAUUGUGGGGAAGGUCAGGAACUACGGCCCCACUGCAAAGCAUUUAGAGGAGGAGCGGAGGCAGGCGGAGAUCAGGCUGAGGGAGGAAGAGGAGGCGCGCCGGGCCGAAGCCAAGCGCAGAGAGGAGGAAGAGGAGGAGCAGAGAGCACAGUGCUGGGAGGAAUGGAACCGACGCCUCCAAGACGUGAAGCAGCAGGAAGAGGAGCUGUUGAUGAGAGAAGAAGAAUCUGCCAGGCAGUAUCUGAUGUACACUGUGAUGCCCGUUCUGUCUCAAGGCCUGAUUGAGUUGUGCAGAAUCCGACCAAAUGAUGCAAUAGACUUCCUGGCUGAGUAUCUCCUCAACAACAACCCAGAAAUGGAAUAAAGCACAUCCGCCUAAAGGAUAAUUGUGGUAUAAGACAAAUAAAAUGCUACAAGACACGAUGUUUUAGGAAAUAAGUGACUUCCAGGUGCCAACAGUAACUCCGCUUCACAUCUGGCCGUUUCACACCACCCCGUUGUUGAUUGUUUUUCUAUAACAGCAUGCCCCAUUGUGCUCUAAUUGCACGUUCAUUAUAGUCAGGGAAAGCUGAUUGUAAACUUUCUCGUUUCUGACCUUGCUGUUUGUGUACCUGUCCGUUUAAAAGCUUCCGAAACCGACAAUAAAAGCCAGCUGCUAAUUAAAAGUUCAUUAACGAUAAUGUAUUUGGGAGUGCUUGAUAACUAGAAAAGUAGACAUGGCACUGCAUAAUUGCCUUGAUUUGCCGUACAGUUUCAAAGGAUCGAUGUAACAAAUGGCGGAUAAUUAAAAUAUUUUCAUACGCAAGUCGGAGAGCAGAAAAUUAAUUACAUUGGUAAACAAAAAUUAUUCCAUUUCUGCAAACAUUCAUUCAGUUCAUUGUUUCAGGAAGUUGUUAGUUCACAGCGCUGAAUGUGCUAAUAAACUUAAGUCAUUAUUAA